UCUGCCAAGUGCUGUAGACAUACUCAGCUUUCAGUGCCGAGAAUUGGAGAAAAAACGAUUUUCAGGGCAAUCAAAAAGCACUUUGAGCUUUUUGGUUGUCAUUCAAGGUUUCACCACAUCAGGAGAAGCCCUUCUGUUGAGGUGGACACCAACAGCGAGAAUACUUCAUCAUCCGAGGGAGCCAAUGGUACCCUGCUGAUCCACAGCCCCGUAGAACUCAAAAGAGGCUAGAGAAGCAGAAGCGGUACCUCUCCUUAUUUAGUGAUUUGUUGCUUAUAUCUAAUACCAAGUAUAAAAAGAACUUAAAGAUAAAAGAUAAAAUAUCCUGAGCACAAUGUGGACUGCCAACUGUACAGACAAGGCUGGUGAAGCCAGCAUCAGUGCCAGGAGGCGCUUUGUCCUGGGCUGGCCCAUGGUGAACUUUGCGGCCACCUUCAGUUCCUCUGAACGAAAGGAAAAAUGGCAGUCCUUUCUUCAAAGGUACGUCAAUCUAGACGAAGAGAAGGAUCAGCCAAAAAGCAUUCCCCUCAAAAUCUUCACUGAGGACAUCAAAAACGGUGCCUGUUCUGUUACUGUAACAGUGACAAACUCAGACACAGUGAAUGAUGUUAUCAACAUGUCACUUUCAAAGCUAGGAAUAACUGGCUCUGAGAAAGAUUAUCAGUUGUGGAUCAGUUCUGGCAAGAAAAAGGCCUCAUAUCCACUUUCUGGUCAUGAACAUCCCUAUGGAAUUAAAAUGAGUGAUGUUCCAGCUACUGGGCUGCUGCAGCAAGGACUGGAGGACUCCACUUCUGCUUCUGCCCUCCAGGAGGACUUCCUGGAGGGGUCCCAAGAGAUUCAAGACCAGUUUAUCCUGAAACCCAGGCACUCAGCCAAGAACAAAGCCAGAAAUCAGCAGGGGAAAGGUGAGCCCCUUCCUUUCCUACAAGUGGCUUCUCUUGGCUCUCGUCUCUACUCCUGAAAACAAACAACGUACAGCCAGUUCUCCAUGUGGGGCUAGAAGGCAGUAUAGGCAGGCACCAAUUCCACCCAGAAUCAAGCCCAAAGAAACACCAAAGGUCUGAAAUCAAGACCCAAUUCACUUCUAGGAAGUUUUUUUUUUUUUUUAAUUCCUCUAGGUAGGCAGCAUAGCACUUCCUACAUAUAAUUCCGUAUGCACACAUCUGUGUGGACUUUGCUGGUGGCUUAAAUGGUAAAGCAUCUGCCUACAACACAGGA